AUGCCGAAAGCACAAUUACGCCAUCUUUCUUUGGGUUUCAGUACUGCAUAUAAAUUAUAUCAAUUUCAUUACUGUGAUGCGGCUAAUUGUUUGAUUUCUUCAUCUAUUAUUGCAAACAAUCCUAUUGAAAUUCUAGCUUGCGGUUACAUAUAUCAUAGAUCCUGUUACAAGCAGGUUGUCGAACCAGAAAAUAAUAUUUCUUGCAAUGACAAUGAUGAUGAAAGUGAACUCAUAAAAUAUGUAGCAUAUGCAUUAGAAGAGGCAUUGCGUAAAUUUCAACAGCAAUAG